AUGUCUUUCCAGAGCUAUGAAGACGAUGAGACCACUAUCUUCAAAUCCCUGUUCUUAUACAUUCCCUUCAUUGAUGAGGAAAAGAAAUGCCUUGGAAUAGACAAAAAGUUGAGGAAUGUGGCUCUGAUUUUGCGAUCUCUCACGGAUAUCACUUUCUUGGUGCAUAUUGGAUAUCAAAUCUAUGAAGAUAGUAAUAAGGCCUACAAGGAGAUCAACAGAGCAAAAUCGCAGUGGGAAUUGGAUUGGCAAACGACGCCAAUAAGAAAAGAUGAGAUAGUUCCAUUUGCUGCGAUAUUAGCGACGACGUUGCCGUGGGGGUCUUUGCUGAUUGACCUUCUCUCUGUUUUUCCCACGCCACAGGGACUGCUGGAAUACAGGUCAAAGCCCUAUUUAAUUUGUUUCUAUACAUUCUUGCCAGCCAUGUCCUUGGAGCCUUUUGGUACUUCUUUUCCAUUCAACGAGAGACCUCAUGUUGGUAUUGGGCUUGUGAAAAGUAUAAAGAUCAUGAAGGAUGCAUGA